AAACAUGAACGCAACAUCCAGAGCAAUGAAUUGAGACGAGAAGGACGAUGAAAACAAAAAUGGACAUAGAUCGAAAAUAGCCAAGCUGUGUGGGCCACAUCACCGACUAGAGUGUCACAAAAUACCUGACGGGAGAAAAACGGAAGGACAACACAAUGGAGUCCCGCUUUGGUAAUAUUGUGUUCAGCUCCAAGUUUGACUCAGGAAACCUGGCCCGUGUGGAGAAGGUGGAGAAGGGCAGCUCCAGCCCCUCUGGCGAUGUAGCUCAGGGUGGGAGUGCGCCCUCAGGGUCAAACAUUACCCCUGACUAUGAGUUCAACGUUUGGACGCAGCCAGACUGCGCCGGCACAGAACAUGAAAAUGGUAACAGAUCAUGGUUUUACUUCAGUGUGCGGGGUGCAGCACCAGGGAAGCUACUCAAGAUCAAUGUGAUGAACAUGAACAACCAGAGGAAGCUCUACAGCCAGGGCAUGGCUCCUCUCGUACGCACUUUACCUGGCAAGAACCGAUGGGAAAGGGUCCGUGACAGACCGUCAACGGAGAUUGUAGAUAACCAGUUUAUCCUCUCAUUCACACACCGGCUGUCAGAGGUGCGAGGAGCCACCACCUUCUUUUCCUUCUGCUUCCCGUUCUCUUACACUGAGUGUCAGGAGAUGCUACAGCAGUUCGAUAAGAGCUACCCAAAUGCUGCUCAACUCAGCCCGAGCAGUGCACCUGGUACCGUGUAUUACCAUAGGGAGUUGCUGUGCGAAUCUCUGGAUGGCAACAGGGUGGACCUGCUCACUGUGACCAACUGUAGCGGCAUGCAGGAGGAGAGAGAACCACGUCUGCCUAAGCUGUUUCCUGACACCAACACUCCAAGACCACACCGCUUCCCUGGCAAAAGGGUGUUUUUCCUCAGCAGUCGAGUGCACCCUGGGGAGACUCCCUCCUCCUUUGUUUUUAAUGGUUUUCUUCACUUUAUCCUAAGAAGAGAUGACCCUCGUGCUCAUGUGCUUCGAAACAUGUUUGUGUUCAAGCUCAUUCCCAUGCUUAACCCAGACGGAGUUGUUCGUGGACACUACAGGACUGAUUCCAGGGGUGUUAACCUGAACAGACAAUACCUGAACCCGAGCCCGGAGCUGCACCCUUCUAUCUAUGCAGCCAAAGCAUUGUUGCUGUACCAUCACACGCACAACCGCCUACACAAUACACAGUCUAAUACUCACUGUAACAGCACCCCACACACACAGACUCCUCCCCUUAAUAUGAAACCCUCCAAUAAGCUUCAAUCUCCCCCUUUCACUGCCCUUGAAGUUAGCUUGAACCAACGAAACGCAGAGAAGGAUGCCAUUCCUGCGCUGCCAGAGGUUCCCAUGGUAACAGAGGAAAACGUUUGGAACGCUACGGAAUUGGGGAAGGGGGACGAGAACAGCUCAUCCAGCUCCUCAGAGACUGUAGCACCUGUUGAAGUGGAGGUAGAAAUACCAGAGGAAGAGGAACAGGAAGAGGAAACAAUUCCACCACAUGAAGGGGGCGUGGCUUACUAUGUGGACUUACAUGGCCACGCCUCUAAACGUGGAUGCUUCAUGUAUGGAAACAGCCUUCCUGAUGAGAGCCAGCAGGUGGAGAACAUGCUGUAUCCGAGGCUGAUUGCCGUGAACUCUGCCCAUUUUGAUUUCCUGGGCUGUAACUUCUCAGAGAAAAACAUGUAUGCACGAGACAAGAGAGACGGCCAGUCCAAAGAAGGCAGCGGGCGUGUGGCCAUGCACAAGGCCAUCGGGCUGCUUCACAGCUACACUUUAGAGUGCAACUACAAUACAGGAAAAACCAUGAACACCAUCCCACCUGCUUGUCAUGACAACGGACGAGCAACCCCGCCUCCACCUCCAUCUUUUCCUCCCAAAUACACUCCGGAAAUAUUUGAACAGGUGGGUCGGGCUGUGGCUGUCUCAGCCCUGGAUAUGGCAGAAUGUAACCCCUGGCCACGACUGGUGCUGUCUGAGCACAGCUGCCUGACCAACCUUCGGGCUUGGAUCCUAAAACAUGUCCGCAACACCAAAGGCCUGAACACACACAUCCAUGCCCAUCCUCCAAUAAGAAUACACCACAAUGGCAGCAGAGCCUCACCACCUAAGAGCUUUAACAAUUGUUUGUCGGGCUCAGCGUCAGAAAACACCCUCAGUCGGGUUCGCUGCAACAGUCACAGCAGCAGCAGCCAGACACCCUCCCCGAAGAUGCACAACUCCCCGAGCUUCACAUUCGGCUGCCCCCCACCCCGAUCUCAACACAACAACACGCACACCAGCGGACGUGGAGGCAACAAGACACUCGGGCCAGUCAGAGACCCUAAGGCUCAGGAGAAAAGACGCCCCUCCCACCACCGUUGCAUCCUCCGGUCUCCCAGCAACAGCCACACACCCUCCCGUCGCCCAAACUCACCCCCUUCCUCGUCCUCGUCCUCUUCUUCCUCAGUGUGUGCAGCCGGCUCAUGUCCCCUCCCGGCCCCCGUCAGUAUGACAGGCCUCAGCUGCCCAGACUUUCAGGCUGGUGCACCCACUUCACCCGGUUGGUCCAGACUGCGGGCUGGGCAUAUGGGAAGAGGGUGUCGAACCCUCACCAUGACUCAUCCCCCCGCAGAGGCUCCCACAGAGGCUGCCAAAAACCUGGGGUCGGAACACAUCCUUUCAUCCAUCAAAUUUAGCAAGUGUGAGCUACAACCUCCUAUGAGCCGCAUCCCCAUCCGGAGAGUGGGGUCAACGGAAACCCCUCUCACAAAUGACAGUAAAACAUCUCCUACCAGUAUGACCCCACUUUCCCCUGGAGAGAAGUCAGCCACCAUGAAGGUUUGGAAGCUGCUUAAACCUGGCCUCCAUCGCCACCUGUCACUCUCAGGUGUUUCAGGAAAAGACGCUGCCAUACAGUUGGCCUCUAAAGCACUAAAGAAGAAGAGCAGUGACAGGAACUUCCACUGUAAAGGAAAUACUAUAAUAGAAACUACACCAGAGAAGGAUGAAACUCUGCAACAGAUUGAGGAGACUCCGGUGAUGCCUCCUCCUGAAACUGUGAACAUGCUUGAGACAGUGACCCUGUGUGGAGAAGCUUAGGAACUGCACUGCUCUCUGUAUUUGAUCUAUGUGAACCCAGUUGCUAUGUUGUGAAAACCUUUUAAAACAGGAGGGGAUUCCAUUAUCACAGGAGGAUUAAUUGGGAUAUUUUCAUGUGCAAUACAAUAUUUAUAACACUAUCUUUUCAAGAUAUUCCAGAGGUAUUUGUAACCAAUGCAGUUGAACACGGUCAGACUUGCAGAAGGAAAUGUCCAUUAAAACCAUAGAGCAGCUUUACUGGAGCAGCUGGGGCCUUGCUCAAUGACACAACAGCAGAGAGAGAAGUCUUUCCAGCGUAUCAUUAUUCUAUAGACUUAAAAUUAACCAUAAACAUUUCAGCUAUCAUAACUGUACCUCACAUAUCUGUUUUAUUUGAGUCCUUUCCUUCUGCUGACCGACUCCCCC